AUGGUCCUGAAUGAUGUUCUCUGGAGUUUGAUCGUACAAGUAGCCUUGGUGCUUCUAUACACUACGAAUUUGGAAUUGCUGUAUUGGUUCUGGGAGAAUUUGGUUCGAUUGUGGGCGAGUACACUUUUCGAUCUGUAUACUCUAUUGCGGUUACGGACGUUCGACGAGCUUAACGCUCUCAAGGUUGGUGACGUGGUGCUGUCUCUAUUGAAUAUGGAGUUCUACGGGCUUGCGUUUGCAGGAGCUCUUGAUGUCUCCGGAGAUCUCCUUAUUGCCAUCACGUUGUCUGUACUUCUGCAUGGAUCGCGCACGGGCUACAGAAGGUCCGACGGCCUCAUCAACAAGCUGAUUGCGGUCCUACCUACCGCUUUCAUAUAUGUUGCGUUUUUCUUCCUGAUGGGACGCUUGCAUACAAAUUCCUUACUCGCCACCCUGAACGCUCGCAAAAUUCUGCGCGUGAGGACGGUUGGAGACGACGUUCUCUCGCUUUCCCUGCAAGAUCUGCAAGGCUCUGAUACGCUCCCGUCGGGCCGUCGUAACCGGAUCCCCGAGAGGUCGCCUCUUGAUAUUGAUGAUACGAAGAGUCAAAGUCAAGAGCGACUUGUGAGCCAAGUUCGACCUGUGCCGCGGCUGGGAACAUUGGGUUCGGCGUUAGCACCAUCGCGAUCAAUGAUGGGUCCGUGA